AUGGUCGCGCCAUCAUCUCCGCCGCUGUCGGUGCCUCGCAUUCAAAAGAUUCUGAUCACGUUAGACGCGGGCUCUGCGUAUGGAAAGGCCAUGUACAGGGUCUUUCGGGCUGGCGAGAAUAUGCAGCCUCGCCUGUGUCAAGACUACAUGAUGAUGAGCUUCCAACCCAUCACCUGGGAGCACAGUGAUGCUCAUGUCCCGACACAGCUUGCGUACAGACCUCCUUCGGAUCCGAGUCAACCACAUUGGCUGCAGCUCUGGGGGAUGCAGGUCAAUUACGCGGUCGAUACCGGGAUCAUCUCUCGGGACGACGUGAUUAAGAACUUGAAGCUCCUACUCUUCGACGACGGCGAAGACACCACAAGUCAGGAAGCCGAAAGAUACAGAGUCCGCAAAUACAUGGCAGAGAUGAGAAGCAAGGGUCACCUGCCGCCGCUUUCACCUGUGAUUACCCAAAUCGAGGAGACGUCGGUCCACGAACUCCUCGGUCUGUACUCGGAUUUCCUUCGCCACGCCUACCAAUUUGUCCUCGGCCGUAUUCGACGUGCAUACCCUGAGGCGGAUUUCCAUGAACUUGAAGUCGAGACAGCGAUUCCACUGCCCGUCAAAACCAACCCUUCUGAGAUUGAAAUGAUUCUCGCAGCCGUUAAAGCUGCGGGGAUCCCAAAUCCCUUCGUCGUGGGAGAGCCCACCGCGGCCCUCGCACAUCACUUCCAGUCGUCGUUUGAACGGCACGGUGUUCUCCCAGAAGCGGAUUGCACGCUAAUCCUCGACGUCGGCGGUGGGUCUUCUGACCUGGAAGGCUGGGCCAAUGUGGGGACAAGUCCGUUCCGGGUGCAAGAAAUGUGUGCCGGAGCCACAAAGUGGUGUGGUGGCUUAGCCGUGAACAAGAAAUGUGUGAAUCUCGUGCUGCGCGGGAUUGUGGAUAAGAACUUUUUCAAGAGGAGCUUGAGGGGCAAGGAUAGCCAAAUGACAGAAUACGAGUUCCGCCGAACUCUGGAAGAAAAGUUCGAGGAAGCCAAGAAAUUUUUCAAUGGCUCGGAAUCGCUUGGGUUGAGUGUGCCUGGGUUACCGGACAUGGAAAGCUACCGCAUGCCCGGCGGUAACAAGGUCGUUCUCGACCUCGACGAUAUGCGGACGAUCUUCGGCCCUUCACUCGACUCUUUGAGAAACAUGAUAAUGACGGCAUUGCGAGAGCUAGCGCGGCGCUAUGAGGACGAUGGUAUCGCAUCCCCCCGGAUUGAACUCCUGCUUGUCGGGGGAGGAAGCUUGAGCCCGUACCUCACCGACCAGAUCCAGGCCUUCUGCAGUGAUGAAGGUGAAGCAGUUUUUGGUCGUCCGAUUUCAGUGCGUGUCCCGAAUGACGCGCAAAGCCGAUCCUCAACCACCGUUGCUUCAGGGUCUCUCCUUCUUUUGAUUGAUAAGGCCUUCAUUACCAAGCGGAUCAUCACCAGGGGGUACUGUAUGGCAUGGGACAAGAAUAUCGCCCAUAUGCGGAACGGCAUCGAUGAUGUCCAGCCAGUUCACAGGGAUCCCCAUGAUGGAGUGAGAAGAGCACUGAGGGUCACAAAGUUCUUUGUCAGGCCCCGGGACUGUAUUCCAGUGCAGCAUCAAGUUCGACACCGAGGCUGGAGAGGCCUCUUUCGGGAAGAGGAGAAAGACGGCGGUUGGGAAUUUGUGGAACACCUCUAUCGGAGUGACACGAUUCGCGAUGAUGAUGUCUGGGUCGACAGGCCGGGCAUCGACAUUCAUCCUAUGCCUCAUCCGCUGAUUUUCUUCAUCCCUUUCUCCUUGAGCGACAAUUUGGAAUCUCUCACUUCACCAGAUGGGAGAAUAUGGUACCAUGUUGAGUACGAGGUUGCCCUCAUCUUGGACGGCAUGAACGCGGUAUAUGAGCUGGUAGUCCCAGAGACGGGGAAGUUUCCUGCAGAGCCUCCAGAGAAUUAUGACGAUGGCUAUCUUGUUCAGCGGGGGAAGUUCGACAUCAACGGGGUCUUCCAACUGUUCAACCCGUAA